AUGGUGGCGACGCGUUUGAAUGAUGAUGAGCAAGAAGUGUGGAAACAGUCCAUACUACGUGCAAAGGAUAAUCUUCCCGAGAAGGCAUCCGGACCACUGGUCGCCCUACUCGAAGGGACAUCCGGACAUCAUCACUGGACGGAAACCAAUCAUCCGAGACCUACAUUUUGUAAUUAUUGUAGAGAGAAAUUGAAUGGAGUACCAUGGCAUGGUUACACUUGUGAUAUUUGCAAAGUGAAAGCGCAUCGAAAGUGUCGUGACAACAUCACAGAACCAUGCAAAUGGACGAAUCAAUCGAGUAUUCCACAACAUUUACAAUUUAUUAGUCCCGAGAAUUCAAUAUUACCACAUCAAUGGAUGGAAGGAAAUCUUCCGAUGCCAGCGAAAUGUUCCGUUUGUGAGAAACCGUGCGGAUCUGUUAGGAAAUUAGUUGACUACCGAUGCAUUUGGUGUGGUUGUUGUGUCCAUGACGCGUGUAUUGGGAAUCUGGCACGUUCGUGUAGUUUAGGUCAUUCGGCACUUUCAGUCAUCUCACCGCUUGCAUUAAAAGGUGUCAAUUCGAAUGGAACCGCUAUUCUCAGGGAAGAGGCGUAUGGCGGCGAAUUUCCGGGAGGAAGUCCACUUAUCGUACUAAUCAACGCGAAAUCGGGUGAUAGUCAGGGUCAACGAAUAAUCAAAAAGUUUCGACGGAUAUUGAAUCCAAUUCAAGUAUUCGAUAUUAUUGCAACUGGUCCCGAUUUUGCACUAACAUUCUUCUCACAACUCGAAUCAUUCCGUGUACUUGUUUGUGGUGGUGAUGGAACUGUCGGAUGGGUGCUCAGCGCUUUCGAUCGCCUCAAUUUACAUUCUAAAUGUCAACUGGCGAUACUUCCACUAGGAACUGGAAAUGAUUUGGCACGUGUAUUGGGUUGGGGACACGCAUUUUAUGAUGAUACUCUUCUGCCUCAAGUGGUUCGAACGAUGGAAAGAGCUCACACGAAAAUGUUGGAUCGGUGGAGUGUUUUGGCUAUUGAAGGACCGCAAGCAGACGCUGUCCGACGAUACGAAGAACUCGUCAUCGAGAAAGUUCGAACGUUUCUUGACGCGGAACAGUCUUCUGAUAUAAUCCACGCGGCUAAUCAAUUAUGUACGACUAUUCGGGAAUUAGUGCAUAAUGUAUCACAGAAUUAUUCAACAUGCUUCCCUACUACUUCUGGAGUCUCGACGACGAGACCGAUGACGUCACAGAAUUCAGAAGACAAAGAGAAAUCGGAACAAGAGGAAGCAGAAGGGAGACAGAGUAGUGAUACGAUGACUGAGAAUUGCAACACUCUACUAGGAAAACUGGAUCGCCUUAUGAAAUCUCUGAAAGAAGACGCGAAUUACCUCGAAGAAUCAGGAUUCGAACCAGGAGACGACGACGAGUGUUCGACGGGAGACGAGAUGUUGAAACGAAGAGAUUCUGUGGUAAAUCGAGCGAAUAGUCUGAAAAAAGCACUGCGAGAAGUGAUAUCAAUGGCUGAAAAGGGUAUCGAUCAACACUAUAGAGAUACGAAUACGGCGGCGUGUACGAGGAGAGAACGGUUUCGAAAAAAGAGGAGUAAAACGACGCCAAGUGUGCUUAGGAUAUCCCACUCAAAUCUGUCUUCCUCAUCCGCCUGCUCCCCUCCGUGCUCUCCAGCUGAAGAAGAGGAAAACGACGGAAAAGAAUUUCGGAGUGCUUCUUGCAAAGCGACAUUCGAUAUUUCUCAUUCCCAAUCCAGCUCAUCUGCUGUCCUUACAGCUCUAUUCAAUUCUCAAUCGAAUUCUCAAUCCGCCCGAAAUUUCGAUGAAUUAGAGAAAUUAGAGAAACCAUCAAUAGGUACAGUACACCCACCGACUCCCGGUGCAACACGAGAACCAUCGACUGCUUAUGAUGAUGACGUGGAGAAUUCUGGAGAACCGAAAGAGAAUCAGACAUCAGAAUCUUCUAGAAGAGCUUCAGAAGACGUCUCAACAAAUGAGAAUAUGAAGGGAUCACCGGAUCGGCCGAGAAUCUAUUCGGAUACGACAUUGAAUAAGAAUUCGGAUAAAAUCAAGAGUCAAAGUCUUCAUCCGAUAUGUUCAAGUGGAGUGGAGAAGAUGAAACAGAGCCAUUCGGAUAGUAGUUUAUACGGCGAGUACGAACACAUGGAAGGAUCCUCUUCUGGUUGUGGUGUCGGCGCAUCUGGAAGUACUCUCUCCCCAUCAAGACCAUCUGAUUCUGCCACGUGGUCACGAAUAAAAGAGAGAAAACGGACGGUCGGAAGUGAUUUGGGAUUGUCGAGUAGCUCGCAUUUGAGAAGUUGUCGUAACAUGUUAUCUGGUUUCGCCGGCGGCUCCCUCAUCGCCGAAAUUUUGUUAUUAAAUGCACGAGUACUGUCGCAGAUGUCACGUGCCGUCGGGUCGAUCCCGAAUACUGGUGGCAAUGUCAAUCAGAUCAAUACGUCCGUCGAUUGUCAGACACCUUUUACCCAAUACAAAGAGAUGUGCGUGAUGAACAACUAUUUCGGCAUUGGUCUCGACGCGAAAAUCGCCCUUGAAUUCCACAAUAAACGAGAGGAAUCCGAGAAGACGCGAUCUCGAUCGAAACUUUUCAUGUGGUACGGUAUAUUGGGUGGAAAAGAAUUGAUGCAUCGAACGUAUCGGAAUCUGGAGCAAAGGAUAAAAUUGGAGUGUGAUGGUGUGCCAAUUGAUCUGCCGUCACUUCAAGGAAUCGUGAUUCUGAAUAUUCCAUCGUAUUCUGGAGGUGCGAAUUUCUGGGGACGGAAUAAGGAUGGACCAGAGUUCACGGUGCAGAGUUUUGACGAUCGGAUAUUAGAGGUUGUCGCCCUCUUCGGUGUAAUCCACGUGGCAACUUCCCGUGUCCCCAACGCAGUCCGUCUCCAAAACCAUCGAAUCGCCCAGUGUCGUCACGUGCGUAUCGUAAUCCUCGGAGACGAGCCCAUUCCCGUUCAAGUAGACGGAGAACCGUGGCUUCAACCACCUGGAAUCAUGCAAAUCGUUCAUAAGAAUCGGGCUCAAAUGCUCGCUCGAAACGCGGUAUUCGAUGCGACACUCAAGAAAUGGGAGGAGCAAAAAGAGAAGGCGACGACUGCUCCGUCGACACCAACGGCUCUCGGAGCAUCUGGAGGCAGCGCGGAGCAUAUUCCGUUCUUGACGAGAGCAAGAGAGUUUUUGAGACUGAUUGAGGGAGAAAUUGCGAGAUUAGGUGUCUCGUCAGUUCUGCUGGGCUCGUUGGAUGAUGCGAAUGCGAUUGUGAGGGGCGGAGCCAGUGGGGAAGAGGAUCCAGAGUCUCCCGUAGUGGAAUCUCUCUCAAUUCCAAUGCCUCAUUACUAUUUGCUCCGUUCAUUCGUGACGACGUCGUGUCGAGUAGCUGAUGAUGAUCUGCUUCUGAAUGGAAUCCGUCGAUGA